AUGACGUCAGUUCACAGCUCUUUAGAUAUGGAUAUGGAGGUAGAUCUAUCAGGUCUCCUUGAAUCCAUAGUGGAUUCAGAUGAGGAGGAAGAUCUGGAAGAGAGUAUGGAUAGUCUCACUGUGCGAGAUGCUGUGAGAGAUUGCCUUGAAAAAGACCCAAGUGAUAGAACUGACGAAGAUAUUGAAAUUCUUUUGGAAUUCACCCAACAUUUAAAAGCUUUUACAAAUAUGACUCUUACAGUGCGUAAAGCACUCUGUGCUGUAAUGGUUUUUGCUGUGGUAGAAAAAGCUGGAACAGUAGUCAUGAAUGAUGGAGAAGAACAUGAUUCCUGGUCAGUCCUGAUUAAUGGGCAUGUAGGCAUUGAACAUCAAAAUGGAGAGAUUGAGUAUCUUAAUGUUGGUGACAGUUUUGGAAUGGCUGAAGCGACACUUGAAAAACUAUAUCACAGAGGUGUUAUGACAACCAGAUGUGAUGACUGUCAGUUUGUAUGCAUCACACAAACUGAUUACUAUCGUAUUCUGCAUCAAGGAGAAGAGAAUAUAAGGAGACAUGAGAACGAAAAUGGAGUUGUAGUCUUAGUGACAGAAUAUAGGGGAUUAGCUGGGGAAUCAGGUCAUCAACAGGGACAUGUUGUAAUUAGGGGAACACCAGAACAAUUAAUGUUACAGUUAAUUGAAGACAACUCACGAGAUUCAACAUAUGUAGAAGAUUUCCUUUUAACACACAGGACAUUUAUAGAAAGCCCCCUUAUUGUUGCUAAACAGUUGCUUGCCUGGUUUUCUGAGCCUUGUGAUCGUGACAAGGUUACGAGAGUUGUGUUGCUUUGGGUAAACAAUCACUUUACAGAUUUCGAAACAGAUCCCAAUAUGAUGGAAUUCCUUGAAAACUUUGAAACAGCUUUAGAACGGGAGAAAAUGGAAAGCCAGCUGAGAUUACUUAAUAUAGCUUGUUCUGCAAAAGCAAGAACGAGAAGUGUUACAUUGUCACGAUCUUCAAGAGACGAACCUUUAAAUUUCACUAUACUUGGUGGUUAUGAAAGGGGAUACGGAAUUUUUAUAUUAAAAGUUGAAAAGCAUUCUAAAUCAGAAGAUGUAGGCUUGAAGAGAGGUGAUCAGGUUCUAGAAGUAAAUGGCCAGUCAUUUCAACAUGUAAGCCAUGCAAAAGCUAUGGAAAUAAUUACAGGUUCCACACACUUGAGCAUCACAGUAAAGAGUAACUUGUUAGCCUUUAAGCAAAUGUUAUUAAUGCCAGAAAAUUCUCCAAGACAACGAGGUUGCACCAACAUGGCGCGUUGGCAAAUGGAUCCAAGAGCUCGAUUAUCUACAGCCGAAUUAUUAAGUGACGACCCGAUAACAUUAUCUGCAGGUUUUCAAUCUCCAACUAAAAAACCGCAACCAUUGAGUGUUAAAAAAGACCAACAAAAAGGUUUUAUGACUCUUGGCCCAAAAAGGCGACUUCAAAAAGCUCUUAUGAAAAUGAAUAUUCUACCAAAAAAUACAAUUGCUGAUGGAAUACACACAGACGACAGUAUACUCUCAAAUUCUGAAUCUUUAAGUAAAGCCAAUACAAGCACCUCUUUUUAUAAUUCUCACAGCAACCCAGAUUUAAUCUCAAUUUGUUAUGAUGAAUAUCAAUCUUCAGAUUAUCCCGAGCAUGUACUCAAAGUUUACAGAGCUGAUCAAACAUGUAAAUAUCUUUUAGUCCAUAAGGAAACAACGGCUAGAGAAGUUGUAAUGUUAACAUUGCAAGAAUUUGGCAUAACAGAUCCUAGUUCUAACUUUUCAUUAUGUGAAGUUUCAGUCGCACAAGGAGGAAUUAUAAAACAACACCGUUUACCAGACCAGUUACAAAAUCUUGCUGAAAGGAUUGGACUUAGCUCUAGAUAUUAUUUAAAAACAAAUGGUGUUAGUGAAACCUUAGUACCUGACGAAAUGGCGCCCGAACUACUCCGGGAGAGUGUUGUUCAUUUUUUGCAACUAAAUGCUGUUGAGGUUGCUGUUCAACUAACCUUACAAGAUUUCUGUAUAUUUCGGCAAAUUGAAAGUACCGAGUAUGUUGAUGAUUUAUUUGAAUUGAAAAGCAGAUAUGGUACACCAAUGCUGUCGCAGUUUGCUGGACUUGUCAAUAAAGAAAUGUUUUGGGUUGUUACAGAAGUAGUUAAUGAACAAAAUAUUGUGCGGCGUUCAAAAAUUAUAAAACAAUUUAUCAAAGUCGCGCGACACUGUAAAGAAUGCAAAAACUUUAAUUCAAUGUUCGCUAUAAUAUCAGGAUUAGGACACGGAGCUGUGUCUAGGUUAAGAAUGACGUGGGAAAAAUUACCUACAAAAUAUAUUAAACUUUUCUCCGAUUUACAAAUGCUAAUGGAUCCGUCAAGAAACAUGUCAAAGUACAGACAAUUAGUCACAACUGAACAAGGUCGAUCGCCAGUUAUACCAUUUUACCCAGUUGUUAGAAAAGACCUUACAUUUAUUCACCUUGGUAAUGAUACUAAAGUUGAAGGAAUGGUCAAUUUUGAAAAACUGCGAAUGAUUGCUAAAGAAGUGAGAACUCUUACAAACAUGUGUAGUUCUCCAUAUGAUCUUUUGACAUUAUUAGAAUUAGGAAAGCAACCGCCUUCUAACGCCAUGGUUGCGCUUAAUCAGCUCACAACUGGUGUGCAACAAGGACAGGUAACUGUGAAAAGGAGAAAAAAGUCGUCAAAUGUUCCAAAUCCCAAAAAAAUGUUCGAGGAAGCACAAAUGGUAAGACGUGUAAAGGCAUACUUGAAUCGUAUGCAUGUGGAAACGGAUGAAGAGAGGUUACAUGCGCUAUCUUUAGAAUGCGAGGGAUCCGGGCCGGCCCCAGCUAUGCCCCGCCGACGACAUCCGUCGCCUUCGCUAUCGACAACUAGCAGUGCGUCAUCAGCAAGUGAGGGUAAGAAAAGUUUUGCCGGGAAUAAAUUUGGUGCAGCUUCACCACAAGCUGUCCGAAAAUUAUUAGCAUUAUCUGAACCAGCUAAAACUAGGCCACAUCAGCCCAGGCCACCGCCACCGGGGCCGUCGCCAUGUGCACACCGUCGUGACGGCCCUGGUCCAGGAAUUUGCUGUGCCCGAACAGCGCACGAAAGAUCACAUUCUGAUACCCCAACUCCGCUUCCGGUAGACUUGUCGGCGGAGAGCAGCAGUGUGACAUCAUUAGUGAACUUGCCACUUCGUAAAACUGGCUCUGCUACGUCGAGCGAUAGCGGGCAUGGCUCGUGCACUACGGCUAGUUGCGUGCGGCCCGUUCCACCUCCAAGAAUGCCACAGGCGCCUUACACGCUCGCUGCUCAAGUGGCGCGACUUGAGCGCUUGAGUCGUGCGCAUUCCCACGAGGGUGUUACGCGACCAUACGACUAUUAUCACGAUGUGCCGGACGACGAAGACGACGACCAGCAAGUAUCAGCAGUUUGA